CACAAUAUCCUCUGACGCAUGUGUACUCAGUACACAACAUUUUACCACGUUUUUCUCAUCAGUGACUUGAGAAGUUAUCACUGCUCGACUAAAAGGGUUAAUUUUCCUCUUGUUGUGGAAUGGGAUUCAGUAUACCGCUGAGAGAUGAAUAGGAGAGUUCACUAUCCUGGACCUCCAGGGAACCCAAAUUCAUUUUUUCCACAAUUUAAUCCAACAUUCCGCUUCUCACGGCUUGUACAGCAGCAGUACACCUUUCUUCCUAACCAGCAUCGUCUGCGGCAUCCGAGUUUUCUUGACUUUAACAACGGCUGGCAGAAUCUUCAAGUGGAUGUUGGCUAUCCUCCUGUUGAUUACAGAGAAACAAUCAGACAAGACAUUCUAUCACAGCUUCACAGACAUCCCAGCACUAGUCAUCAAAACCGCAAGAGAUCUGCAGAUUCCCUUCCAAUUUCUUCCAGCAGUAAGAAAUCCAGGACUGACCUCCCCUCUGAAUCCUGUACUGUGAUUAAAGAUGUUCCCCUCCCUCCACCGGGAUACAAUCCCAUACACAAUAUCACCGAGGCCAUCAUCCGAUACUUCCUAGAGAACCACCAGACAGACAAAGCAUACAAACAGAAACUUCAACUUAGAGAUGUACUCUUCAAAAUAUUUCAAGCUUCUAUGCCAAACUGUGGACUGUACAUUGUUGGAUCCUCUAUGAGUGGCUUUGGGACAAUGAAGAGUGAUAUGGACAUGUGCCUUAUGAUCUCAGAAGAUGGGAUAGACCAGAAGAGAGAAGCCCCAGAACUUCUUUAUCUCAUCCAGAAAGCUCUUUAUAAAUGCAGCUUUGUGAGGGAAUCUAUGGUCAUCAGAGCUAAAGUCCCAAUUCUACGCUUUAACGAUCUCGUAAGCAAAGCCCAAAUAGAUCUGAAUGUCAACAACAGUGUUGGAAUAAGAAAUACUCAUUUACUCAAGUAUUACUGCAUGAGUAAACUGCUGAUAAAAACUAGUCCUGUACAUAAAAAAGUAAAUGUCCUGACAUCAAAGUAUGCCUGUUCACCACCAGUUCUUCCAUCCCUACAGGAACUCUAUCCAGCGCGCUUCAAUGGUUCCUUAGACAUCCGAGACCUGAAGUUUGAUGAUACUGUGUCCUAUAAGAGUGAUAAUGGACAGAGUGUGGGGGAACUCUUUCUGGGAUUCCUAGGUUACUAUAGCAAUAAGUUCAAGUUUGAUGAGGAUUGUAUAUCAAUAAAGGAUGCCACAAAGUACAACUUAGAUGACUACAUGCGAUUCAAGAACGAGUAUUUUCAGAUGCAGCCUCUUUGCAUUGAAGAGCCAUUUGACAUGUCAAAUACAGCAAGGUCUUGUCACGAUAAAAAUAAAUUCGACCGAGUGAAAAAAGUGUUCAAAACAAGUUACCGGGAACUGCAGAAAAAGAAAGACGUCAGCUGUCUGUUCUCACAGCCAUUUUAAAGUGCCGAACAUUAGUGCUCAAUUAGAGAACAAAUGUGGAGUUUGGGUCAGGACUACAGAUUGGGACCAUUGUUGGAAGCAUGGUGGUAGUGUGAGUGUGAAUUGUAGGACAUUUGUCUAACUCUAGUAUGCUUAUGAGGAAUGUCUACAGAUACAUGUAAUUGGGUGUGAAUAUGUGAGUUGUUCUGUAUAAGGGACAAGACAGAGGUGUGCUGAAGUGCGGAACUGUACAGAAAUCAAGAUGGUGCUAAGUAAACACAUAAAGUGCAAUGUACAGCCACUUGAAAAAUGUGAAUCAAGUGUAAAAUUAAUCUCGUGACAUAUACAAUUACUUACACAUACAUGUAUAUUAACAGAACUGAUUCUUUGAUUACAUGUACAAUGUACAUGUUAUCUGAAAAUCAUGUAUAAAGUACAUUUACUGUUCAUUGAGCAGUGUAAAUAUUCAGCACUGCAAAAUUUUGUUACACAGAGAGAGGCAGCUCAGACAUUUUAUUUCUAUUCCAUGAUAAGUGGGUUUAAGUAAAGGUGUCUCUUUGUUCAUUGUUCUCGAAAAUUGACAAUGUGAUUAUCAUGUUUGAAAGUUUGUUUAUGUACAGUAUGAGAGAAAAAUUCUGAUGAACCUGUUCAUUGUAAAUAAAUUCUAUAUAAUUUGCAA